AUGGCCUCGCUACCGCAGCGUGAACGCCGACCGUCCUUUGGGCCGACCGUCUACCACGACGAGGAUGUGCACGUGAAGCGGCCGCAGCGUGUAUACUACGAAGAGGUAUCACGUGACCGAACGCGCCGUUCGUCUUCCAUCAAGGCGCCCGCCGUCGCGCAUUCGGAAAAUACUCGCUACUUCGUCGAGCCGCUCGAGGCUUCGAUGCACGGUGCGGCGCGGCCCAUCUACGCCGACAGCCCUCACGACAGACCCUCGCAAGACGACGAAAAGGGAUUCCUGGAGCGCCCAUCGCUGACCGACGACGAGAGACCAUACAAGGCCGAGUCCGAAUUUCCGCGCAACACACCCUACGGCCAGCCGCGUCGCAGUGCCGUCCGCUACGCGCCGUCGCCUCAUCCCGACUACGUCGUUACCGAGAAAUCUCCGCUGUGGUGGGGUCGCGUGCGCCACAGCCUACGCGAGCCCUUUUCGGAAUUCUUUGGCGUUUUUAUUCUCGUCCUCUUCGGCGAUGGUGCCAUUGCCCAGGUCGUGCUAAGUAGGAAUACGCGCGGAGACUGGCAGAGUAUCUGCUGGGGCUGGGGCCUUGGCGUCAUGAUCGGCGUCUACGUAUCAGGGAUUAGCGGCUCCAACAUCAACCCGGCCGUCACCCUCACUAACUGUGUCUUUCGCAAACAAGCCUGGAGAAAGCUGCCCGUCUAUGCCGCGGCGCAAAUCCUUGGUGCAUUCACGGCCGCUGGCGUCAUCUACGCAAACUACAAAUCUGCUAUUGAUGCCUUUGAGGGCGGGCCGGGCGUGCGAACGGUGCCGGGAUAUAGUCCCAAUGCGACGGCCGGCAUCUUCGCCACCUACCCGCAGCCGUUUAUGAGUCGCACGGGCGAGUUCUUUAGCGAGUUCCUCUGCGCCGCCAUCCUCAUGUUCUGCAUCUACAUGCUGCAGGACACGAAGAACAUGGGCGCCGGGAAGCUGCUGCCUCUCGCCCUCUUCUUCGUUGUCUUCGGCAUCGGCGCCUGCUUCGGCUGGGAGACGGGCUUUGCCAUUAACAUGGCGCGCGACUUUGGCCCGCGCCUCAUGACCUACUGUCUAGGCUACGGGCCCAAGGUCUGGACGGCGAGCUCCAAUUACUUUUGGAUCCCCAUGGUCGCGCCCUUCCUCGGCUGUCUCUUCGGCGCCUGGAUACAUGAUCUCUUCCUCUUCACCGGCGAGUCUCCCGUCAAUACGCCGUGGAUGGGCCUGCGCCAGCUCGUGCGUCCGCGUCAGGCCCACCACAGCCCCGUCUGA